AUACGAACGAAAGGUGAUUUUCUUGGAAGAGGAGAGAGCGUUGAAAUCAAGGCGUAAAUUUUACGAGUGUGCCAAUAAAAUAAACGUGACGGUAACAGUGCUCGAGACGAUGACUUUGGCGCCACUGGAUGCAGAGAAGCAGUCGUGGAAUGUCAGCGCUACCGGUGUUAAAUGCCGUUUUUUAUCCUUUCCCUGCAAUCCGGUAUCGGUGGCGCUCGACGAUCUACGAGUAAAUAAACGAAGUUGAAUCGAAAUCAGUUGUCGGCCCGUUGAAAAAUCUGGUAUAUACUAUAAUGGUGGCGCCUCUACCAUUCCAAAUAUCCGAUACCGACGCUUUUACGACUCAUCGCGUCGCUCUUCGCCCCUCCUCCUUCAUAAUGACGCGGUGAUAUUCGCCGAUUCGCUUUUAUUCCAUUGCUGGAAUACAUAAUAUGGAUCGGAAAUGUAAACAGGUUAGUUUAACAGCCUUAUUAAAAUCCACAAUACAAUCAUAUGAAUCGAUUCAGAAUCCGUGCAUUACUAGGAUGAACGUAAUCUACAUGGAACGCUGCCGAUUGAUCUCCAUCAUCUCUAUCGCAGCUCGUGUUUGUCUUCCUUUUUUUUUUUUUUUUAGUUAUCUUUGGAGUUGGUUGCACAUAAAUUUUCAUCCACGCCUCCCGCGGAGUUAAAGAAAUUCAACUAAUUUGUCCGAAAUUAAAUAAUUUUAGGUUUUUCAUCCAACUUUUUUUUAAGCCAUUCGCGCGUGAAUCUUCGUAGGCGAUAGAUCGUCAUAGCGCUAGGAGAAGUAAAAACUAUAAAGGAAAAAAAAAAAGAGAGAAGAGAUUUAAAUGAAAAUACAAAAACGAUAAAUAAGGCGAUCAGCGUUGAAAAGAAACAGUGUUGCUCUUUCGACGCGGGGAUUUGCAUAUUUGCGAGCAACCGAUCGUUCGCGUGCCAUCGUACCGCAUUCCGUAUGCGUGCAUCUCCAGUUAUAUUUAAUCCAUGGUGGGUGUAUUUUCGAAUCUGCCCGCCUAAAAAUAACCGAAACGCGUUCCAUUGGAUUCCAAUGCUGUAUUUAGAUCCUUGAUAUCGUAAUACGUGUCAUUCGCGUUCAUGGCAACCAACUUGAGAAUUGAAACCUAUUAUUAUUUUCUCUAUUUUUACAUAGUUAUACGUUAUAGCCGGAGGGCGUAAUGGAAAUUGAUGAUUUGAAUAUUUAACGUGCUCUCGUGUAUUUUAUCGAUCUAAGAUAUUCUCGUAGAGGAAGAAACGAUUAAAUUACCUCGUGAUAAAACAGCGGCUAUUCAAAGGGUUGAAGAUGGUAGGAUAGUAUGGAAGAGAUAAUGCAACGUAGAAGCAACGUGGAGACAAAUGGAGGGAAGAACGUGGAGGCAAAACGGAAUCGGUGUAAAAAGAAGAGAGAAAAGCGAUAGGGCGGGAACUGCCGCUAACAUAAGUAAGAAACCCUAAGCCGUGAACUGUACGACGACCUGUACAAUGACGUAGUAUUCUGUCAUCCGGCGCGCUACCUCUCCAGCCUCUCCACUACUGCUGCUUGGCCAUUAUAGUGGGACAGAACUUCACGAGUUCACAACUAUACAUAUAGUGAUUAAUAAUUCAAAGAUCAAUGGAGAUUUGGAAAAUAUGUAUCGAAAGAAAAUUUUGAGUCUGCUUCAUCCAUCUUUGAUGAUUAAUGAAUUAAUUAGAAACAAACGUAACGAACGGUUGGUCGAAGAGAUUCCUACAAGACACGCGAAGCAUCGGAAGCGACGUCGUUACAAAAAUCGAUCGACAUGUGUUGAAAACACACCUGGGAGCAAACUAUCCGUUCGCCAAGAAAACAACACGAUGCCGACAGAUAUUCAUAUUUCUAAAGAGAUAAAGAAAAAUCGUGAUGAAAACAAUACAGUUUUAGAGAUCGAAGAAGAAUUAGAUGAUGUAUUAGGAGUGAACGAUCGUGUACAGAAGAUAUAUAAUAAAACUAAAGAAGAGGAUUACAAUACCGAUGUGGAGAAGAAUAAAAUUAAAUCAAAGAAAGAAAGUUUCGUUGUUACGGAACGAAACAGCUCUACGAGUAAUUUAUCAGACGAGGAAUUGAUAGCUUCGUAUGAUGAGCCAUCUGUAACUGAUGAAAUUGAGUAUGAAAAUGCAGACCAAUCUUGGAAAAAAAGAGAUCGAUCGAAAAAAGAUGAAUUUACCGAGAGUACAGAUUACUCGGACGAAAUAUAUUCUCCGGCUGUUUACUCGGCUGGCGAUGAUCACGUUAUAAUCCACGAAAGUUUAAGCGAUCUCCUGACCAAAUUAUUUCAAAGUCUGCGAAACGCUACUACAACGGACGAACGAAAUAUUUUCAAGGAAUUAAACUUUGUAAAUGGAACAAAUGAAGACCCUUGUCAAAAAUGGUUAAACAGCAGGGAUAAGCUCGAGCAAGUUUUCUUAGAUGGUUUAACGUCCCUACCUGCUUGUCCAUGUCAAUAUCCUAGUAAUAUUUUUUACGAUGAUAAAAUUUGGGAUGAGAAGCGGAUGAAAUAUUUCAGAUGGAGAGAUGUAAGCGGUGACUCUCAAAGACUUGACGUUUACAAGCCCGGAGCCACUUACUGUAUACGAUCAUUGCUGACACAGGGAAGUGGAAGUGCUGCGGUUCAACAUUGCUGCUAUGAUCGCCAAAGGAAGCUUUUGACCCGUGGUUCCGGUGCUGGUACUCCAAAUUUUGUCAGUCCUGAGAUAUCACCCAUACUUCAUGAAAGAAUCGAUAUAUUACCGUGGAGACUCUGCAAGGGUGACUUUUCCAGGUAUAACGGUGUACGACCACCAAAUAAUGACAACGCCUGUCAGGCAAAUCCCGAUGAUGAAGAAUAUCAACGACAGAUUGAUAACACCAAGUAUUAUUAACUAUCGUGUUUUUAGUUACAAAGAUUUACAAUAUAGGAUACUUAAAAAAAUUCAUAAUGAAAUCCUAUUUUUAUUUUUGUUACUUUUGAGUGCAUAAAUAUUUGUACGAUGAAAUUUAAGAAAUAAAUGUAACGCUGUUACAAUUUUACCUUUUA